AUGGCAAGCGGCAAGAUCCUCUUUCGCGACCGAGGAGGUGGUCCAUCUAUUCUGGACAAUCGGGAUAGAUGGACCAUGUUAAUUUGGGAUAGAUGGACCAGAAAAAUGCCAACUAAAUAUAAUAGAAAGGGGACAUCAAAAAGAGGAGACUGGUCCGAAGAGUCGUUAGUAAAUGCUGUUAAAGCGAUAAAACAAAAUGAAAUUGGUGUAAAUGCUGCUGCUAAAGCUUUCGGCAUACCAAAAACAACUCUAAAAAGGCGUCUUAAAUCAAAUAACUUUAGCAAGGGUUCCAUGGGGAAACCUUCACUCCUUGGUACCGAAAAUGAAAAAAAAAUCGCCGCACACAUAAAAAAAUUACAGUCACAUGGUUUCACGCCUACUAGAGACUCCGUUAGAUACAUGGCUUACUAUUUGGCCGAAAGUCUGAAGUUAGUACACAGCUUUAACACUGAACGCAAACAAGCAGGAUAUGACUGGCUGUUAUCGUUCCUAUCUAGAAAUCCACAACUCUCCAUUCGUCAAGCGGAGGGUGUUUCAAUCGCGAGGGCAAAAGGUCUUAACAGAGAAACUGUUGACAAUUAUUUUCAGCUUUUAGGAAAUGUUUUAAGAGAAAACAACUUAAUUGAUAAACUAGGGCACGUUUUUAACAUGGAUGAAACGGGUUUGCAGUUAAACAAUAAACCAGGAAAGGUUAUCGCAAUCAAAGGUUCCAAGAAUGUGACAUCUGUUACUUCCGGAGAAAAAGGUGAAACGAUUUCAGUAUUAGCAUGUGUUAAUGGAGAGGGAACAUUCUUACCACCUUUUUGUAUUAUGAAAGACGGACAUACGUCACACACUAGUUGCAUUGAAAUGCUUGAGUUUGCAGAUAACAACGACAUUAUUUUAAUGAGUAUUCCUCCGCAUACCAGUCAUUGGCUGCAGCCAUUAGAUCGAACUUUCUUCAAGUCUUUAAAGAGUAACUACUACUCUGCUUGUAACAGCUACAUGAUAAAUAAUCCAUCUAGAAAGAUAACUCGACUGCAAUUUGGCACCCUUCUUAGAUUAGCUUGGGGGAAGUCUGCAAACGUUGAUAAUGGCGUUAGUGGCUUUAGAACAUGUGGAAUACUACCUUUUGAGCCCAAAGCUAUCCCUGACUACGCGUUUCUAACUGAAACCAAUGAAUCGACACAAGUUCAACCGGAACAAAUAACUGCUGCAACUAAGUCUAGUAAAACGAAUAAUGCCUCAGCAAGUGAUCAACCAGCUGUUGCUAGACUCAGUUUCACAAAUGAAGCUCUCGCUGUUCCUGGCCCGAGCUCAACCCCGAUAUUCAAACUGUUUCAGAAGGUGAAGUUGUCAACAUCUGCAAGUAGUCCUCAAGCUUCGCCCGUUUUAGAACAACUUUUAUCUUAUAAUACCGAAAUUCUAUCAUCACCACCAGCAGUUAUUCAAGUAGAACCUCAUUCAGAAACAUAUUCACAGUUUACACUUUCAAACUCAGGAAAUACAGAAGAAAACGAAUAUUCUAUUACUGGUAAAAUAGGUAACUUUGUCUCCAACUUUGAAGCGUGA